CUGGUCCCUGAAGUAUAGAUUUCCACCUGAGAAUGUCGAUCGUUAAGGGUCAAUUAAAUAACCCAUAUCGUAAACAAUGUUUUUGUGUGUGCAUGCAUGAAUUUUUUUAUUCUUUUUUUUUUCAACUCAUGCAUGAGUUUUAUAAUCCAAAAUAUGAGUCGGAUUUGGCUUUCAUUAGUUUCAGUUGUGGAUCCCAUCAUGUUCUCUCCACUUGCCCAAACUAAUCUAUCCUUAACCUGUUCCCGUUGCAUGUUUGUGUCUUUAAUUACCUAUAAAUAGAAAAUAUCAACACAUACAAGUCAUCAUACUCUCUCAGCUUCAUCUCUUUCUCUCUCUCUCUCAAUCUCUGCAAAUCCCACAAAUCACUUUUCUUCUUCUUAUUCACCUUUUAUGGCGAAUUCGAUCCUUAAGCAAUCUCUAAUCAUACUCCUAAUCAUAUUUUCAUCACCAAUCUUUAGUUCUCAAGCUCGAAUCCUCCGUACAUAUCACCCCACGGCCGUGGGCAAUAUGGAUAGUCAGGUUCUUUUACGUGAACUCGGGAUUGAUCUCUCUAAGUUCAAAGGUAAUAGCGAAAGGCGGUUUUUAGUGGAUUCCGAAAGGGUUUCACCAGGAGGCCCUGACCCACAACACCAUUACUGAUCUUUACAGAUAUAUAUACUUUACCGGAGAUCGAUCCAAGCACAAAUAAUUGUGACUGAUCCAUGCAAGUCGUUUGAAUAUCGCCAUUUAUAUGCUUUUCUUUUCUUUUUCAUAAAUCUUACGUACAAUUUUGUUGUACAAGGUUUUUGGUAUUUUUGUAUACCUCCUUAUCUUUUAUACAUCAAGCUCUUUCUCUCUAUGUCUUCUUGUGUCUCCAAUGAGUUACCUUUUAUGUAACAACGAUUGGCUAUCUAUUUAAUGUUCCUCUGUCUUUUA